AUGCUUACGGACGGCAUCGAAGGGGUCAAGGAGAAAGUCUUUGUGCUCGUGACCGGUGCCAACAGCGGACUAGGAUACUCAACGUGUUGCCGUCUUGCAGAUGAAUUCCUGGCGUCUCAUCGGAACGACCAUCGUUCAUUGACAAUCAUCUUCACUACCCGGAGCACAAGAAAGGGAAGCGACACCCUUCGCAACCUACAGAAUCACCUCCGCACCUCCACCUUCGGUGCUUCGGCCACCGCUCGAGUGACCUUCGUUCCUGAAAAUGUCGACCUCUGCAACCUCCUCUCGGUCCGCGCGCUAUCCCGUCGCCUGAACAAGACCUUCCCAAAACUCGACGCGAUUGUGCUUAAUGCCGGGAUAGGGGGUUGGUCUGGCCUCAAUUGGCCUCUGGCCGUAUGGAGCGUUUGCACCGACAUUAUCCAUGCGACGACGUGGCCAAAGUACAAAAUUGCGCCUGUAGGUCUCAUAACGGACAACCAGACAAUUACUGUGACCGACAAGGAGCCCCGCCUGGGAACCGUCUUCUGCGCCAACGUCUUCGGCCACUACAUGCUCGCGCAUAAUGUCAUGCCUCUCCUGCACCGAUCCGGAUCCCCCAACGGACCCGGACGCGUGAUAUGGCUCUCCAGCACUGAAGCCACGAUCAACUUCUUCGAUGUUGAUGAUUUUCAGGCGCUCCGGUCCAAAGCUCCCUACGAGUCAUCAAAAGCGCUAACAGACCUCCUAUCCCUCACCUCAGACCUUCCCAGUACUGCUCCCUGGGUGAAAAGCUUCUAUUCCACCGACUUCGAAACCGAUUCCAAGCCCAGCACCGGACCUGAGACCGCCUCGACCAUACCCAACGUAUACCUCUCUCACCCCGGAAUCUGCGCUACGGCGAUUAUACCCCUUCCUACAAUCCUCAUCUACGCAAUGGUCGCCGCAUUUUGGCUAGCCCGCAUCCUCGGCUCCCCUUGGCAUACCUUAUCCACCUACCUAGGCGCUUGCAGCCCUGUCUGGCUUGCUCUCUCCACACAAUCAGAACUCGACGCCGCCGAAGCACCGUACCGGAAACACGGCGGCGGCAGGGUGAAAUGGGGGUCUUCGGCGUCUCGAUUAGGUGUAGCCUCCGUCGUAUCUUCGGAGGUUGACGGAUGGGGCUAUGGGGGUGUUCCUGGGCCGGCUGUUGUGGCGGAGGAUAGGGUCAGAAGGCGCAAGCGUGGUGCAGUGGAUCUUACGGCUGAGGGGAAGGAGGGAUUCGAGGAACUGGGGGCUAGAUGUUGGAGGCAGAUGGAGGAGCUGAGGAUCCUGUGGGAUAACUUACUUGAUGAGGAGGAGAAGGGGACUGGUGUGACGGCGUAG